UUUUGAUCUCGGACGUCUGGUCACUUAUAGCAUAUAAGAAUAUUCUAUUACUGUUAAGCAAACUGUGAAUAAUAAAACACGCUAAAACAUGUGUUCUUUAUCAUAGCUACACGUAUGACAAAAAACUGCGUGAAAAUCAGUGGUAUUCAGUGAGGUAAAAUGAAUUAAAUGCUCCUGCCAAAUGAAUUGCACUGAGUGGGGUGGAUCACCACUCCAAGAUGGCGGUCCUGCGUCUCGUCAGCGCCAGUAGCGCUCGAUGCUGCGUCUACUUAUAAGAUGUCUAUGGUGUUGGCUCAGGCCUGAGCCUUUAUUUUGAUGGGCUCGUGCCGGAAGUUACUGCCUCAACCCGGAUGUGGUCUUGUUCGCUGCAUCCAGGCGAGCAGCCUGUUAGCGUACGUAGUGCGCAGCACGAUCAACAGAAACUUCGCCUUCCCAACAUAUCUGACCACAUGUUACACUUAUGUAUUUGGUAUUAUUAGUCCACGAUGCAGUUUCAUUUUUUUACCGGAUUAAAAUGACAAGAUGGAAGCCCAAACAUAGUGCAGUGGUGAUGCUGAUGUAUAUCAAUACGGGAUGACGUGAGGAAAUAUGAUUUGCACUGACGUCACUUCCGGUCGUGUGGCUCCAGCGGGGUGAGGUUUGAUUUCCUUUAUUCAAACGCAUUCUACUCACCUGAGUGGCCAUGCGCAUCACUUUAUGCCAAGGCGUGUUAACCGGAGCCAUCCUCAUCAACCUCCUGAUCCUCUACUAUGUGUCCCGGGCCCAGCAGCAGAUGAUUGAGAAGAGGAAGGAGCAGGGCAGGGGCACCAGGAAGGCUGCCUCACUGGAGGCGGGCAUAGGGCCUGGAGGUGAGCCCAUAGGGGCGCCGGUGGCCGCCCGCAGCCGCGCCCCUCGCGUGACUGUGCUCCUUAGGGAGUUUGAGAACUUUGAGAAUUAUGUUCGGGAUGCGGCGAGUUCCUUCUUAAGACAACGGCCGGAGCUUCCUUUCCUGGUGGUGGCUGACGCGCCUCCAUACCCGCCUCUGGUGCUCCCCGAUGGCGCUCGGCUUCUCGUGCUCUCGCCGAGCCCAGAUCAGCCGCCGCAAGCUCACAGGCCCGAGUUCCACGUCCAGACGGAGUUUGUGCUCCUGCUUCCUGACGGGGUGGAGCUGGAUCCGCCCCGGGUCAUCGACAGGCUGAUUAAGGAGCUGGAAGGCGAAGGCGGCGGCGCGGUGAGGCUGGUGGCGUCGCCCGUACUGACUCGCUCGGCCGUGCAGUGUCUCCACCUGCGGGUGAACCUGCGAGAGUGGACCGCUUCUUACUCCACAGCUGCGUCGGGAAGCAGCGGGAGCGUGUGUACGGCCUUGCAAGGAGACGCCGUGGUCCUCAUCCGCGCGGAGGAUCUUUUUAAUCUCUCCGUCCCGCUCGGGAGGCCGCUUUUCUCCUCGCUCUUCAUCCAGACCGCUCUCCGGGGCUGGAAGGUUAAACUUCUGGAGAGUCCGUGUUUCUCCACCAACCGCCGGCCCCUCUUCAGCUCGGCUCACAACCAGUGGAAGGCCGACACCCGCCUGAAGGAGGCCGCGGGGAAGAUGAUGAGGAGCUUCGGCGUGAAGCGUCUCCUGCUGCCUGACGGGAAGGAGCAGUGGCACGGCUGCGGCAAAGAGACGCCUCGCUGCUUCGGCACGGUGCAGGACGACACCCCGGAUUACCUCUACCUGGAUCGAUGGACGCCGCCUUGUUGUCUGCGGGCUCUCCGAGAAACCGCCAAAUACGUCAUCAACAUCCUGGAGAGCUCUGGGGUGCGCUACUGGCUGGAAGGCGGCACCCUGCUGGGGGCCGUCCGCCACCAGGACAUCAUCCCGUGGGACUACGACGUGGACCUGGGCAUCUACCUGGAGGACAUCCCCAACUGUGAUCACCUGAAGAACCUGGACUCCGGCUCUCUGGUGGACGCCAACGGCUACGUGUGGGAACGCGCGGUGGAGGGCGACUUCUACCGGGUGCAGUACAGCGAGGCCAACCACCUGCACGUGGACCUGUGGCCCUUCUACCCCCGCAACGGCAUCAUGACCAAAGACACGUGGACCGAGCACAAGCAGGACGUAGAGUUCCCCGAGCACUUCCUGCAGCCGCUCGUGCCCAUGCUGUUCGCGGGCGCCGCCGCCUACGUACCCAACAACCACCGCGCCUUCUUGGAACUCAAGUUCGGAGAGGGGGUCAUUGAGAACCCCCAGUAUCCCAACCCUGCCAAGAAAGUCCUGGACAGAGCCAAAAUAUGAGAGGAAGACAUCAAACUGUUAAAAAAGGACACAUCUUAAUGAGCACACGUUACAUCGUUUGUCAGUCAGUAUUAAACACCAAAUUGUUGUUAAAGUGUCUUGUGCAAUAAACAGUCUCUUGAAUCA